AUGACGAGUCAUGCUGCUGCCCUUGCGGGAGAGGUCCCCUUCAAGAACUUCCCUCCUUGGGUUGUUUCAAAGCUCCGCCCACAGGCAAUAGACCUUAUCCGUAAAGUCCACAAUUGGGUUGAGACAGAAUGCAUUCCAGCGGAACCGAUUGUCAAGGCGCAGUUAGCGAAGGGUAAAUCUCGAUGGGUGACGCCUCCUCUCAUUCAUGAACUCCGAAAGAAAGCAAAAGCCGCAGGUUUAUUCAACCUCUUCUUGCCUGGCCACUUCAAAGAAUCGCCUGGAUUGACCAAUCUGGAGUACUCAUGUUGUGCUGAGAUCAUGGGUAGAGUGUACUGGGCCGCUCAAACGAUGAAUUGUCAUGCCCCUGAGACAGGCAACAUGGAGCUACUCGCCAAAUUUGCCAACGAAGAGCAGAAACAGAAAUGGCUUAAACCUCUGAUGGAAGGUGAAGCAAGCUCGGCUUAUUCCAUGACGGAACCGGAUCGAGCAAGUAGUGAUGCUACAAACAUUGCCUGCCGGAUCACUUACGACAAUUCUAAGAACGAGUAUGUGAUAAAUGGUAAGAAGUUGUAUGGGAACGUCCUCUGGAAUCAGGAAGUCAAGUUUCACAUUUUGAUGGGUCUGAGUGAUCCCGGGAAUUCGAAUCCCUGGAGACGGCACACCAUGAUUAUCGUCCCAAGAGAUACGCCAGGACAUAGGCAGGUACGGAACUUGAGUAUCAUGGGCUACGAUCAUGCACCAGAAGGACACGGCGAGUAUAUCUACGAGAACGCCCGUGUGCCAGCAGAAAAUGUUAUCUGGGGCGAUGGUAGAGCUUUUGAUAUUGCUCAGGGAAGACUUGGCCCUGGAAGAAUCCACCACUGCAUGAGACUCAUCGGCCAGGCCGAAAGAGCAUACGAGUUGGCCUUGUUAAGAAGUAUCGAUGAGAGAAAGAAGCCUCGCGGAAAGCUCAUCGGGGAAUUUGACAGCAACAUCGAGAGAAUUGCAGAGAUGCGAAUGCAGAUCGAUGCUAUGAGACUGAUCAUCAUGAAUGCCGCAGACACGAUGGAUCUUCGAGGAAACAAGGCUGGCCGAUAUGUCAUUGCACAAUCUAAAAUCCUAGUUCCGGAGACACUGGCAAAGGUUAUUGACGAGUGCAUGCAGAUGUACGGCGGACAGGGUCUCACCCAACAUACCGUGCUCCCGGAACUUUGGACUUAUGCUCGAUUUGUCAGGAUAGCGGACGGGCCUGACGCCGCACAUCGACAUCAAGUGGGACGAGAUCAACUUAAGGCGGCACGGAAGGAGAAACUUGUCAGCAAAUAUCAAGCCUACAGGGACCGGAAUCGGGAGUUGAGGAAGCUGUGGAAGAUUGAAGGACUGGAGCAGGAGUUUGAAUGGGAAUACGUGCCCCUUGGUGGCAGCAAAUUGUGA